AUGAUGGACAUGGAAAUGAACGCCGAUUUAGGAGAUGAUGGAAGCGAGACUAGUCAAUCAUCUUCUGAGGGUAGUUCAGCUAGUAGCACGUUUUGUAACUUGGAAAAUGAUUAUGCGAGGAUCAUGAAAGAAAUGAAAACUAAUGAUGCUUUAGCAGCAUUCGAAGACGAUUAUAGAAGACUUUACGAGUUUUUGUACAAAUCUCAUAAGAAUGAAAAAGAACUUACGGAAAAAUGUUCUUCCUUAACGAACCAGAUCGUAGAGAAUGCUAAAAAAAUAAACGAAUUGACGAUCAAAGUUGAGACCGAUACUACCGAAAUUACAAGACUCAAAGAAGAAAUUGAAAAAGCAUUGAAAUUAGCUGAUGCUGCUCAUACUCGUGAACAAAAUGCGCAAGAAGUUAUUGACAAUUUAAGAUUGAAUAUAACAAAAUUAACCCAUGAAAUAGAAGUUAAGAAUAAACAACUUGCCGGUGAAGAAGAAUCAGGAGUAAGCCAACAAAGGGAAGGCUUAUUGAGAGAAAGAGAAAAAUUAUUAGGCGAAGUGGUAACAUUGAAAGAGAGAUUAAAAAAUAUGUCACAAUAUACAAAUGAACUUGAAAAUAAAAAUAUUACGGCAGAAGAAAAAAUCAUUGAAAUGCAAGAAAUGUUAGAUAUACGUACGAGUGAGGUUUCAAGAGAAAAAAGGGCUAAGGAAAGAUUGGAAGAUGAUUUUCAACAAUGUGAGGAAGAACUUGUUAUAAAAAACGAAGAGUUUCACACCAUUAACGAAGUAUUGAGAAGUGCAACGGAUAACAUUAAAAAAUUGGAGAACAAAUUAAAGGAACAAAAGGUUUCAUUUGAUAAAACGCAAAAGGAAUUGAACAGAUUAUCGAUAAAAAAUUUAAAUCUUCAAGCGGAUUUGGAAAAUGCCAAUGUACAAAUUGAUAUAUUGGACAAAGAAAUUGCCGACAAGGAAAAACAAUAUAGAUUACUUAAGAAUGAACUUAAUAAAGCUAAUGAAAGAAGUAUGAAAUAUAAAUCGGACAAGGAUAUAUUGGAGAAAAGAUUUUUGAAAAUUGAUAAUGAAAGAAGUAGACUUGAACAAGAAUUGAAACAAGCAAUAACUAAUGUAAAGAACGUUGAUUAUGAGAUGGGAUUACUUCAAAAACAGCAUUUCGAGGAUAAGCAACUGUCCGAGUCAUUGAUGCGAGAUAAGAGUAUCUUUGCAAGGACUAUUGAAAAUUUGAAGGAGUACAUUAAAAGUGUUGAUCACGAAAUGGCGGUAGUCAGUGCAAGCAAGAAGAAAUUAGAAUACGAGCUUAAUAAUGGUGUAUAUAGGGAAAAUGAAUUAAAAAGGAAAAUAGAAAUUAUUGAAAAGGAGAGAGUUAAAUGUAAUUUUGAAAUACGAAAACUUUCUCAACGAAUCGACGAUUACAUAAGCGAAAUUAAGCUGAAGCAAGUAGAAAUCAUGGACUAUAAGAAACGACUAGAUGAGUCCGAGGCAAAGUACCGUCAGCAGCAGAACUUAUUUGAGGUCGUUCGUAGUGAGAGGAAUGCUUGUAGUAAAAGCUUAUUGGAAGCUCAGGAGGAUGUUCAGGAACUUAAGAGCAAGUUACAAAUCAUGACUCAACAAAUUGAACAAUUGAAAGAGGAUAUUGCAACGAAGGAGGCUGACUUGAUUAAGAAAGAAUUUGUACUUGGAAGAAUCGAAAGAGAGAAGGAAAAAUUAAAGAUAGAUCUACAAUCAGCUCGUAAGGACAUUUCAGAUUUGAGACGUGAAAUUGAAGAAAUGAAAGAAGAGGAGAAACGUCUUAGACAGACGAUUUUAAAAGCGGAUAGAGACAUAGCUCGUCAUAAGAAAGAUAUCGACAAUGUCAUGAACGAAAGAGAUAUUCUUGGUACUCAGCUGGUUAGACGAAAUGACGAGCUCUGUUUGCAAUAUAACAGGAUCAAGAUAUUGAACGGUACAUUGCAACGUGGCAAGCAACAAUAUAACGAACGUCUUGAAGAUAUCAGAUUGCUCAAGUUAGAAGUUAACAAGCUCAGAACUGAGAAAGUUUUACUGACCAAAAGCAUAGAAAAUACUUCGGAUAUGCGUCAUGAGAUUUUUCACUUGAACAGAGAUCUUACUAAAGAAAGAUUAAAGGUCAUGGCAUUGGAAGAAGAAGUUCAAACACCGUUGAAUAUUCAUCGUUGGCGAAAACUUCAAUUCUCUGAUCCACCGGCUUAUGAAAUGUUGAACAAGAUUCAAUUUCUACAAAAGAGAGUUAUCAAAAUGUCAGCUUUGAUAAUUGAUAAAGAAAAAAGAAUACAAGAUACGGAAAAAUUAUAUAUGAAUCUUCGUGAGAUUUUGGUCAAACAACCAGGACCACAAAUAACUAUGGCCUUGAAUAAAACUCAAAAAGCAUUGAGAAAAAGAGGAAAUAAAAUGAAGUGCCUGGUAUCCGAAUUGAACAUGUAUCAAGUUGAAAUAAACGAAUACAAAUUCGAUGUCGAACGGAUGAGUAAAGAGAUGUGCGAGUUGAAGAUGAAAUAUUACGCACAGAAAAGGAAAUUACAAAAGGAGAAGGAAACAAGAUCGAAGUCCUUGACAGAAUCAAUACUACCAGCUGUACUACCGAUAAAACAAAAGAAAUUCUUUGGUGGUGGUUUCAAUAUGACAACUCCUACGCCACGAACAAAUUUUAUCUUGGAUUCUGCAUAG